AUAUAUAAAUUUUAAUCAUUAUCUACUCUUUUAUUUCAUAAUUAAGUUUUAAAAAAUUGCAAAUAAAUGGCUAGUUUUAAUUCAUUGAAGUGUUUAAGUGUGAACGAAAUAAUCUUAAAGGGAAAAGUUAACAAAAUUUAAUGAUUUCCUUAUACCGCAAAAUUACAAUUAUAUUGUGGAGAAAAAAUUUGAAAGGCGAGAAUCAGCACCAUUUUUGCUACCCUGUGAGUGCCUCUAUAAAAAAAGACAAAAUAUCAAAAGGAAAUCAUAAGAAAAAUAAUUGUGUGAAAAAAUGCUUUAAAAGUUUUUCAUACGGCUACAGUUUUAAAGUGUAUUUACAAUUUUUAAAUAAACUUUAUUAUAUAGAAAAAUUUAAAUAUUUAGUGCUAGGAACUUGGUCUUGCAUUAUUGCAAAUUUUAAUUUUAUUGAAGCGUGUUCUAUUUUCAAUAGCUCAUAUUACCAGCUCCCUCUACCUACUCGUAUUUUUAAAAUAUAAUUGUAUAUGUCAUUUGUACUUAAGGCUGAAAAUAAUUUACUUUUGGGAUAUCAAAAAAAAAUUUAAAAAUAUAUGAAUAUAAAUAAAUCGUGAAUAGAAUUGUAGAAUAUCAAAAUUAUAAAGUUUAUAAUGUCAGCCAUUUGAGAACAAAGACAGCGAGAGAAUCUGUGCAUAACUAUUAUUAGUAAAAACUUUAAAAUUGCACUUUAAAAAUAUAGGUAGAAAAAAAAUAGAAAAUCCUAAAAAAUUUCUAUAUAAAUAUAUGCAAACAUAAAAAGAUAUAUAUGUAUGUAAAAUUACAAAUCUUAUAAGAUUAAAUUCAAACUUGACGUUUUAUGAGCCACAUAAAGAAGAAGUACUUUAUAUGUAUAGUGAAGAUUGUAUCAACUUAGCAGUUUUGGUUUGAAGAAAACAAAAAUAUAGACAUUUUCUUAUAAAAAUAAAGUUUUGAAAAUUAGGUGUGGUAAAUAAAAAAGCAGAAAACAUAUCUUAAUGUUUUUGCCAAAUAUUUAACCAAAAUAUUUUCAACGACCAACGCCAUAAUUAAUCCACCAGCAUUAAAAUGAUUUGCAAGGAGGACAUUGUUUCAUGGUUUAAGGAAUUAGAAAGUUAUCGUCGAAUCGACAUCAUGUGCACUUUAUUAAAUAUGUGCUUGCCAUUUGAAUUAAGGUUUCUUGGCACUUGCCUUGAAGAACUUGGACGUCGAGAUUCUCAGGAAUUGCGUGGAAUAGAACUGAGGGUUAAUAAUCCGCAAGAGUUAUCAUCGGAUAUUGCAAGUUGUCAAUCAGGAGAGCCAACCGAUUUAAAAAUUCGUAGAAAAAUGGCGUUAUACUUGGCUUUGAUUAGAGCCUGUAACAGAUCAUGCGUUAAUGAAUUAUUUAAAACGUUAGAUAGCUGGGGAGAAUUGGAUUUUCAAAAAUUAUCCGAUGUAGAUACAUUACAUGAACUUCUAUUAGUAUAUUCUAUGGCGACAAAUCAUCCAGUUUUUUCAUUUGAACAGAGAUUUAAGUGUAAUGAAAUAUUUUUGAAAAUUCAAGAUAAUAAAUUAAUAAGCGGAGCAACACAUCUGUCACAUUCACAACAUCAUCCUCAACAGCAACCCCAACAGCAACAACAUCAGCAGCAACCUUUUGGCGAUCAACAAUUACAUUUAGGAGGUCAGUUGCAUAAUUUACAUGGGGGUCCCCAACAACAUUUGCUUCAUUCAAUUCCUCUUCUUCCACCUGGAUAUAUUCAUCAGAUAAUACCAUCAGAUGGCAGUAUACAGCAUCAGUUGACUGUUGAUGGUAUUUCACAUAUGAUUCCAAAUAUGGCACUUCCAUCUGAUUUCGCAACACAUCCGAAUGCGUUAUUUCAAAUAAGGCCGAAUAUGCCAUCAUAUCCUUUACCACCUCAACCCCCAUCUUUGGAGACCCAACAUCCGCCUCAAUCGACAUCCCCAUUAUUAAGUCAACCAACAUCCCCCUCAAAUAGUCGAACAGCUAGUCCAAACCGAUCAACAUCUAGUGGUAUACUGCAGCAAACAAGUGGUAAUCAACAACAACCGCCACAAAUUAGAAAUCAGCAAUCGCAGCAGCAAAGAAUAACAUUACGAAAUAGCCGCCGUCCAUCAGUUGAAACUACUCCACCACCAGUUGUUCAAUCACAACAGCAGCAGUCGCAACAGUUAAUAAAUUUAAUUGGAAGUGAAAUAUUACCACAAAGUUUGAAAAAUAUGGACGAAUUAAUAAGUGCAGACGGAACAAUUUCACAAUUCAACAGGAACGGUUAUACAAGACCGGGUCAUCAUACAAUACCUCGUCAAUCCAAAUCUGCAAUGCAACAUAUGCAGCAUCAUAAUCAACAGCAACAAUUACAACAGCUUCCUCAACAUCAGCAUUUACAGUCUUUUAUAUCAAGUGGUGGUGGUGGUGGUGGUGGACCAGCGUCGUUACCACCGAAUUUCAGUGGGGUCAAUCCAAAUAUUACAUAUGCAUUACAAAAUAUGACUUUAGUAGAUGUUCAUAAUCCAAUUAUAGAAAAUAAUGUGAUGAGUAGUAGUACUAGCAGUAGUUUAACUAGCCGUGGUCAUAAAAGUUCUAGUACUGGUGGCGGUGCGGGAAGUGACAGUGGGAGCUCUGGUUCAACAGGCGAUAUUUCACCGCCAGAAACACCAACUCUUAAUACAUCAGCACCACAAGGUGUAGCAAUUGGGGGAAAUGCAGGGGGUGGUAGAUUGAAUGACCAAACUACUGUAAAUUAUUCGAAUAGGAGACUUAAUGGAAGACCUGAGAAAUUGUUAACAAGUGUUUUGUCUAUUAGUGGUUCUAAUCAACCACAGCAGCAGUUAAUGUACGCGCCGAAUGCUACAAGUCCGCCACAGUCACAGCCUCAAUUUCAUCUGGGAAACGAUAUAAUAUUAACAACAAAUCCAAAUUUAAUACAAUCGCCUGUUUCAAAUAACAAUAAUAGUAGUAAUAAUUUAAUAAAUUCAAUUGGUUCAGUUGUAAGCGGUUCAAGUAACAAUAAUUUAGUGACUAGUACAUUAGUAAUAACGACGCCACAACAGCAGUUUAGUUCUGGCGGCACAUUUCCAGCCCCAUAUCAUUCACAGCAUUUGGCAGCAGCUAUGCAAGCAGCGGCUGCAGCAGGAACGCCUGCUAGGCCACCAAUCCUGUCACACAAUCCCGGGAUUGGACCGGCGGGAAUAGCUCCAGGAACAUUUAGACAUCCUAGUUUUCAAAUUCAAUCGAAUGGUGAGCAUAUAUUGUAUCCCUAUCCACCUCAAGUUGCAGCUGCAGCCUUAUCUCAGUUUUUGCCAGCUCCACCACCCCCAAAUGCAGGUCAAACUUCAAUACAUCGGUCUUCGCCAUCGACAGUAACUACAGGAAUGCCACCGCCACAACAAAUAGUGGUAUCAACAUCUCAGCAACAACAACAAUCGCAACAACCACAAAUUCACACGCAAACCAUUACUCAAACACAGUCCAGUUCAAUUGGUUCCAAUAUGAACCCGAACCAAUCACCCAAUGCUGCUCUUCUUACUGCAUUACCUUUUACGGCUUUAACUGUAGGGAAUAAGCAAAUAAUUUCUUGUUUUAACUGUGGUUCACAAAAUCAUACAGGACGUGAAUGUCACGAACCGAGUUUAGAAGAUGUAACACGUGGAGCUAUAUAUAAAUUGGACUAUUCCACUUCAGCUAUUUCGCCUGCUGCUGGUGGCGUUUCUGGCAAUAGCAGUAACAUUAGCAGUAAUAAUAGUAAUAAUACUAGUAAUAGCAAUACGGCGAUAAUGACUAAUAAUCCUUCGUCAACGACCACAUCAAUAAUAAAUAAUAGUAGUACGAAUAUUAGUAAUAAUAGUAGUAAUAACAGUAGUCAGUUAAAUCAAAAUAGUAGCGAAAUAUUAAAUGAAACAUCAUCGCCAGCUUCUUCAUCGUCAUCACUGUCGCUGUCAAAUAAGUGAUUUAUUAUAAAUAAGAUUUUUUAGGAAUUUUUAGGAAUAUAAAAUUAUAAAAACAGUAACAAAAUUAUUUAUAUAUAUAUAUAUUGUUUAUAGAUGAAUUGAUAUAUAGUAUAUUGAUCAUAUAAGUAUAUAUGUGUUUGUAUAUACAUAUAUAUGGAUGCAUAAUAUAUGCAUAUAUUAAUACCCUUAUGAUUUUUAUUUCCAAUUUUUUUUUAUUGUUACGUUAAAUUAAUUUAAUGUUUGCGUUUUUUUCUUUUUUUUUAACAAAGCUAGUUGAACAAGACGCGUUUAUUGCAAUUAUUGCUUGCAUAUUAAACCAGAUUGCAAAAAAAUACUUAUUUUUUUUAUAAAAAACGCGAUAUUUUAAAGAUUAAAUUUAAACUGAUAUUAUAUUCCUAAGAUAAAAUGUUCGUUAUUUGUUAGAGGUAAACUUGAAUCGUAAUAAUAUUGUGAAGUAUUGCCUUACUUUUAAAUAAUUUUUUUAUUUGUUAUAUAGACACCUGGAAUACGUGGAGUAUUUUAGUUGAA